AUGGGUUACAAGCCUGAAGAUGGGUACAAGACUGAGGACGGGUACAAGCCUUCGAACAGAUAUGGAAGCAACAACAACAGAUAUGGAAGCAACAACAACACUUAUGACAGCUACAACAGUUAUCGCAGCAACAACAGUUAUGGCAGAAACAACAACAGAUAUGGCAGCAACAACAACACUUAUGGCAGCAACAACAGUUAUGGUAGCAACAACAGUUAUGGUAGCAACAACAGUUAUCGCAGCAACAACAACAGUUAUGGCAGCAACAAAAACAGUUAUGGCAGCAACAACAACAGUCACGGCAGCACCAACAGUUAUGGCAGUAGCAACAACAACAGUUAA